GAUGUUUGUCCGCCAUUUUGUCAGGAGUGGUUUGAUCAGCAAAAGGCUAUUCGUUCAACCAUUUCACGUCUCUUCGGCACUUAAAAUGCCUCCUAAAAAGAAAGAUACUGCGGAGAAGACGCCUUUAAUGGGCCGAUUCGGUACCUCUUUAAAAUGUGGAAUUGUUGGAAUCCCUAACGUCGGAAAGUCGACUUUUUUUAAUGUAUUGACGAAAAGUGCCGCUUCAGCUGAGAAUUUCCCGUUUUGUACAAUAGAUCCUAAUGAAAGUCGAGUAGCUGUACCAGAUGAAAGAUGGGACUUUCUCUGUGAAUAUUUCAAACCUGCUAGUAAAGUUCCAGCAUUUCUAAAUGUUGUGGAUAUUGCAGGAUUGGUCAAGGGUGCUCAUGAAGGACAGGGYCUUGGAAAUGCCUUUCUCUCACACAUCUGGGCCUGUGAUGCAAUAUUUCAUUUAGUUCGUGCAUUUGAAGGGGAUGAUGUUACUCAUAUUGAUGGUGAGGUUGAUCCUGUCAGAGAUUUGGAUACUAUUUCAGAGGAGCUCAGAAAAAAGGAUGAAGAAUACCUGAAAGACAAAGUUACAAACAUGGAGAAAUCAUGUCAACGAGGAGGUUCUGCUGCAGACAAAAAGAAAAUCCAAGAAUUUGAAGUCUUAAAGAAACUCUGUGAAUGGGUAUCAGAAGAGAAAAAACAUAUUCGAUUUGGACAUUGGAAUGCUACUGAGAUUGAGGUUUUGAACAAGCAUUUAUUGCUGACGUCAAAACCUGUCAUAUACCUCGUAAAUCUGUCCGAAAARGAUUACAAUAGGAAAAAGAAUAAAUUCCUUCCUAAAAUCAAGGUGUGGGUGGAUGACUAUGACAAAGGGGCAGCAAUAAUCCCAUUCAGUGGAGCUCUUGAAUCAAAGUUUGUUGACAUGAGUGAGGAAGAAAAAGAAAGUUACUGCAAGGAGCACAACACACAGUCUGCAUUAAAUAAGAUUAUCACCACUGGAUUCAAAGCUCUUCAACUGGAGUACUUCUUCACAGCCGGAAAAGAUGAAGUCAAAGCUUGGACAAUAUUGAAAGGAACCAAAGCUCCCCAAGCAGCGGGCAAGAUCCACACGGACUUCGAGAAGGGAUUUAUCAUGGCGGAAGUUAUGAAAUUCUCUGAUUUUAAAGAACUUGGUUCUGAAGCCGCAGUCAAGGCUGCUGGUAAAUACCGUCAAGAAGGCAAAAGUUAUGUCGUUCACGAUGGAGAUAUCAUCUUCUUCAAAUUCAAUGCUGGAGCAGGUUUAUCAGACAAAAAGAAAGUUAAAUAAUAAGACCCAGACCCCCACGUCCAAAUAUCACCACAGGAAUCCUGAUUUCAAAAUCACAAAUUCGUUCCUGCUUGAACGACGAAGCUGUAGAAAUUUAGCUCAAAUAUUUUAAUUAAAGUAAAGAUAUAUUUACUUUUCA